CCCCCACAGCGCCGGACGAGCAUCGUCCACUACGUCUACAAUUUAUCCAUAACCGACGGCAGUCAAGGUCUACGGGGAGCGCAUAGCGGUCAGGAAGGUCAGGAAAGGGCUACAGAAGAUCGCGGGGUCGUUGCGUGGGGUGUUGGCUGUGUGCGACCGGAGUGUCACCUCUCUCGACACCGUCGGACAAAGAAGAUCUCUCAACACAUAGGGACCUUCGAUCACCGUCGAGAUCAGAUCCUCUACACUGUCUCCUCCGUAUCCUGCGUAUCUCACCAUCGUCCGCUGUUCUUGUGGUCGUCGCAUCCCUUGGAGCGUGGCAAGCCUCCUCGCCUCUUCGCUACACCUCCAACAAUCACGACCAGCGCCAGCGUUACAAGGGCAAGAUGUCGAACAACCAAGUCGGAACCGUAUACCAACAGAUCAUCCAGGAUGUUGUCGAAUCGUCGCGCGUCGACUUCGAGGAGGGUGGCGUUGAUGAACAUGUGCUUGAGGAACUGAAACAGGGCUGGCAAUCCAAGCUCUCGCAACUGGGCGUCGCUACCUUUCCUUGGGACCCCAAGCCCGAACCCCAACCCACCAUCUCCAACCCGCCCACCGUCCCCUCAAAUGCAGGCAACUACCAAUCCAUAGGUACACCCCCCAUCAACCAAUCCCAGCCCGGCCUGCCUAUGCCCCAGAUCUCCAAUGGCCCGCGCAUCAAGGCUGAGCCAGGUCUCGAGUCACCCCUCGGCAUGAACCAGCCCUCGCCUUAUCAAAAUCAACCUAUGCCCGCCCUCCAGAAUGCUACCACCGCACAACAAAGAGCUGCAGCACAUCUGCAUCAGAACUAUGGUCCUCGAGCCGCUGCAAGCAUUAACGCAAUCCAGUCAGGAGGCCAGCCCCAGCAGAAUGGCAACCCGACGAUGCAGCAGUUGCAAAUGAUGCAGCAGCGUGCUGCGCUCGCACAGGCGCAAGGUCAAGGCAUGCAGCAAGGCCAGCGACCUCAAAUAACCCAAGAGCAGUACCAGCGGAUGAUGCAGCAGAACACCACGAACCAGAUGCAGCAAGCGCGACAGAACGGCCAACAUCCGCAAAAUCCCAAUAACCCAAACUCUCAAAAUCAAAAUGGCCAAGGUCAGAACGGUUACCAAGGCCCACCGCAGACUGAUGGACCCGGCGAUGAGGAAACGGAGAGUUUUGGCGUCAUUGCGCAGGGUGGCGAGGUCAUGGGACGGGUGGAGAUUGAUAAUUUAAUCAGAGCGCAGAUCGAGAGUAUGGGACGACAUAUGGAGGGCGGUGGAUUGAUGUUACCUUUGCGUAAAGCUCCCUCCUCUACCGCCCGGGGCCGACGCCAACUUGAGCGGCAACGUCUGCGCCAGGCCCGGAAUCAACGCCAAGAGAACGGUGAGGGCCAAAUGGAUGGCGGCGACGAUGACGAUGUUAAGCCCGAGGAGUUAGAUGAAGAUGCGAUUAACUCGGAUCUCGACGAUCCGGAUGAGGGAUUGAACGAUGAGGAGGAUGAGGAUGAGGGCAUGGGGCAUAUUAUGCUUUGUAUGUAUGAUAAGGUGCAGAGGGUUAAGAAUAAGUGGAAGUGCGUUAUGAAAGAUGGUGUCCUCACCGUCAAUGGCCGGGAAUACGUGUUCCAUAAGGCGAGCGGGGAGUAUGAGUGGUAGAUCCCACUCCCCCAUCUCCUCUGUGUUCUUCCUCGGCCAUCGGCCGUCCGCGGAUUUCUUGCGCUGCUUUUGACAGCGCACAAAAAAUCCCUCGCCUACUCUAAGGCUUCAAUUUACUUUGGCUUCUCUGUCGAUCACACCACACCAAAAAUAACUCAUCUGCGACCUCGCCUUGAUUUCCGAAUAGAUUUCUCCUCUCUGCGUUUCGUUUUCUCCUGCCGGCUUUGGGGGAGGGUGUAUCGUGCAUGGAUUGACCUGGCAGUUCGUUUUCCUAGGUCGUAGGGCGAGGUGAUAGAUUGGCAGGUGGGGACAUAAAUUGAAUACCCAGUGGGUGGAGAGGAAAUACAUUGGCAUGGCGUGGGAUGGAGAAAGGGAGACAUACGCAUGCAUGCGUGGAAUUGAAUGGGAUUUGGGCAGACGUCUUUCGAUGCUGCUAGGGGUGCUGGAGUGUAUCAUAGUCUUUCUUCUAGCUCUGAGUUGAGAAUGGGAGAUGG